AUGGUGCAAGACUUCGCCCGGCACACCAAGAAAGAGGCUCCAUUGCUGCUCGAGAAUAGGACAAUUUGGCCAUGGCCAUGGCCACAUUGGAAAUUAGGAGUGGCCGGGCUCCUUUUAUCGCUAUUGGUCAUUUACGAAUACCAAUUACAUGGGAUGAAGUUAAAGAUAAGCCGAUUUAUGAUUACUAGGCCAGAAGAUGCUAUUCCAACAAGUUGGGAAUGGAGCGAUAUCCAACCUAGCAGAACCCUACAGUGGCACCGCUGUUACGAUGACACAUACGACUGUGCGAGGCUCGAUGUGCCUAUGGACUGGCUUGACCCGUCCGAUGAUAAGGGAAAUCGAGUCGUCUUGGCCAUCAUGCGUCUUAAAGCUACAGAGCUUGACGAUUACAAGGGGCCCAUCUUUUUCAAUCCCGGAGGACCCGGGGGUUCUGGCGUCUACGCGUUGAAAGAUCGCGGUGCACUUUUACAGACUAUUGCUGGGAAGAACCAUGACAUUGUAUCUUUUGACCCAAGAGGUAUCGGUGCGUCUGUACCUAGAGUCGAAUGUUGGGACUCGCAAGAGAAAGGCCGACUCUGGGCGCUGCAGGAUGUUGGAGUCGUUAGUGCCCACCCCGGAGUCGUCUUCGACGCCUUUGCCCAAGCGUCUGCCCUUUCCCAGGCCUGUGAGAUGAACAUGCGUUACUCAAGCUUGUUAUCACACAUCAGUACGGCUUCACAUGCCAGAGAUUUGCUUGAGAUUUUACACCAGACUGGUCAAGACAAACUCAAGUACUGGGGUUUUAGCUAUGGGACAAUUCUAGGCGGCGUUUUUGCUGCAAUGUACCCCGACAAAGUUGAGAGGUUAGUUAGUGAUGGUAACGUGGACUACAGAGAAUGGCACUUGAAUUCGCACAUCAACUUUCUGCGCGACACCGACAAGGUUAUGGAUGCCUUUUACAGCUUCUGCCACAAAGCCGGCCCGUCGAGCUGUGGUUUCUAUGCCCCCACCCCAGCCGCUAUAGAGCAACGCUUAGCAAAACUGCUAAGCGGUCUCAAGAAGCACCCCAUAAUCGUUCCAGCUGCCGAGCUAGGACCUGAUAUGCCGCAGCUGAUCACUUGGUCUCAUUUAAAACGCUUGAUAUCCGCAGCUCUAUAUCGACCCAUCUUCAUGUUCAAGAACUUCGCAUCGGUCCUGAAAGCGUUAGAAGAUGGUGAUGGCAAACCAUUCUACCAGUUAGUCAAGCCGGAGAGCUCCUCCGUCUGCUCUUUCAAGGCGAUCCCCCCUAACGUACCGAGGUCAGAGGAAGGAAACGCCGAUGCCUUCCCAGCGAUCAUGUGUGCAGACUCGCCUCCGGUAGACAAUACGGUGGAAGAAUUUGCCGAAUUCGUAGACAGGCUCGUGAAUAUUAGCUCUUCAGCCGGCGACGUCAAUGCGCUUUUCCGAUUAGCAUGCGUAGGCCGAAAGGUAAGACCGAAGUGGAGGUAUACCGGUCCCUUUGAAGGUAACACGAGCCAUCCAAUCCUCUACGUAGCCAAUAUCGCCGACAACAUCUCGCCACUUGUGAGUGCGCGAAACAACUCGGAGGGGUUCCCGGGUUCGGUAGUUUUGGUUCAGAACUCGUACGGUCAUACCAGCCUUUCUGCGGCUUCAACUUGUACGGCUGAGCACAUUCGUUCUUACUUCCAGAAUGGCACGCUUCCUGAGCCAGACACAAUAUGCGAGCCGGAUUAUCACCCCUUUGAAGAUGUACGUUUGAGGGUGGGAGAUGAGUUAUCGAUGGCGUCUUAUGAGUUAUCCCGUUUUCAUUGGGGAUUUGCGCAGACCGGACUAAUUACCUGA